UUGGUGUUGAGAGCAAACAUUAUUCAGUAAAAUUAAAAGAUCAGAAAUUGCUAAGCGCUUAACAGCCACUUUGCAAAAAAGCCUGGCACUUCCAUUCCAAAACAUUUGCAAAGAGUUGAGUUUUUGUUUCAACUCCUAAAAACAUCCCAGACCAAUAGCUAGAUCAAUUUAGGCAUUAGUAACAAGUGAAAUCAAAUCCCUGCAUGAUGCCACUUUGUCCUCGAGAACAAUGUAAUGAUUGAACUAGAAUAAUCCCUCAAAUUUCUCAUUUCCUGAACCUAAAAGGCUUAUAUUUGCUCAACAUAACACAGCCAAUAACCAACUUGUAUCCAGACUGCAGUUUCUGGUACUGAAAUUCGAGUAUGAUAGUUAAUUAAUUUGGAAACAUGAUACUUCAAGUCAAGCCACCACUGCUUUUAAGGCAAACAUAUUAUAUAAGUUUCUUAACUGCAAAUUGAGAAAUAGAUUUAUUUUUUUUUAAAUAAUGGUAACACUAUGCACUAUGGUGUAAUGGAGAUCGCAAACUAUAAAAAUUCCUACAGACUGUCAGUUUGUCUUUUCACUAAACCAGAAAGUGAAUCUAGAAUCUUGUUUCUAUAACUGACUCCUGAUAUAGAAAAGUAGGGUGCCAACUAGCUUUUUCCAGGCUAGUAUCAUUUUCACCUUCAUCCAAUAAUACAUAUAAACUGUGAAAAAUGGUAUCUCAACUUAAUAUUAUUGCUGUAAAUAUCGAAAUGAUAUUUAUGGCAUUAUUAAUUUAUUAAUAUAUACAAGCUUUAAAUAAUAAUUAAUCCUUCACUCCCAGUCUCCAAAUAUUUUCUAAUAGCCUGACAGAUUUUUAUGAACGCAUGCCAAAGCAUAUUUGGUAGGAAUGGAGAUUAAAAAGACAUUAUAAAUGAUACUAAAAUUCAUGAAAUCCAACUAACCGACUUUAUUGCCACGGGAUUGCUGACAGAAAUUACAAAAAGUCGAAUAAAUGAUUCGAGAAAGGCCAAAAAGUGUAAAUGCUAGGAUCUGAAAGAUAACCAUUUAAACUUAGUAGAUGACUCAUUUGUGGUUCCUCAUAUCUCUGCUAAAUUCGAUUACCAAUUUCAUUUCGGGAAGGAACGAGCGUUUCUCAGGCAAGGUUAGUAAUAAAAUUCUGAUUCCCUUCUUUUAAAUUUCUAGAAUUGAAGGUUGAUGUCAUUAAAAUUUAAAGCUCAAAAUUUGUUCCUGCCAAUCCGAUCUCAAUUAGAAAAUUUUCAUCUGAACUUCCCAUUGUAUUGAACUUACAACGCAAUCAUGUCUGUCAAUUAACAACAGCAUUGAUUUUCACAAAUAACCAUAGAGAAGCAACAUUCACAGUACUAUAGGGGAAAUACGGAUUUCAUAAGAAAAUCAUAAUUCCAGCUCUAAUUAAUUUUUAGCAACAGGCUUUGAAUCAUGGGGAAAUUAUAACAGUGGAUACAUUAAGCCCUUGUUUCGCCAAAAAUAAUGCCUCGGUUAGUAAUCGAGUCUAGACUUAGCUUAUUCGGAACCUAGAAUUUUCUAUUUUUUGGCAUUUUUUGAGGAACCUAGACAUCCCAAUUUGUCAGGCAGCAUUUUUCACUUGUGAAGGAAAGACCUUUAGAAAGGCAUCUUAGAAUAAGAGACGAUGAUAAAGCCCCUAACAAGAGUCUGGCAAAAGAAUUUCAUUCAACGGGACUGAUAUCAUAGUCACUUGAAAACCCUUUUACCACUAGAAGAAAGAAAUAGAGUUCCUCACAGAAAACAGAACUUAAUGAGCAAAAAAAGCAGUUUAAGCAACAAUGAAACACUUAAAAACAGAUUUCAAAUGAGUUGAUCUUAAGCAUCAAAAUACAAAUCCAAAUAAUCAUAUGCAUCUUCACUUUCUAGAUUAACAUCUCAAAAUAGAAUUUAGCGUGAAAGCGUUUAUAAAGAAGGAUUCAUGGAAAGAAAAAGGUACCGCUGCAUUGAAAAACCCUACUUUCAUUGGCAUUAGAACAUAGCAUCUCUUUAAGACAGACGACAAAUUUUUCUUUCUUGUGUAGCAGUUUAUCACCAGAAAACUUAGCUUCUAACUCCUAGCCAAUAUUAGACUACACAUAGGUUGUGUACUUUAUCUGUUGCUAUGUCGUGCUGCCACAUAUUUACUUCUUAUUUGCAUUAUGUGUUACCUGACUACCAAAUGAGUCACAGAUGGCCGGUGUACUACCUGGAUAUGGACAUAGAGGGCAAGGUGGUGAUUUUCAACUCCUAAAGAUGAUGGUGGAGGAGAUUGAAAGGGGGGAUUAUACACCAGGUUCAACUUUCAGAAAAGAAAGUGAGCUAUAUGUUUAUGAGAAGUUCCGUUCAGUGUUUGGUCGAGUUCAUUCAGACCGUCUUCUCAAGUCAAGGCUCCAGAUCCUUAGCAGAAAAUACAAAACCUUCUCAGAGAUGAUGAACAAGCCGGGAAUUUCGUGGGACAUGAAAAAGAAUGUUGUUUAUGGCAACGAGAAACUGCUGAGGGAAAAAUACAAGUACCGAUGCAGGUACGGGCAUUACUAUGGAGAAAAACACUUUGACCUCAUGUGCCAAGUCUUUGAAAGUGGAGUGAAGUUCAACUAAGGAGAGCAAGUUUUCUAUACCAGAUGCUUUGGGCUGACCAAAAUAAUUGUCAUCUUAGACGAGUUCAUUUUCUGUUAUUGGCAUUGCAAACUCGACAGCCUUAAAUUUCUAUGGAUAUGAAUGCUUAAACAGUGGCACAUCAUCUUAUUACUUUUCUUAGUUUUAACUAACCGCGGUGUUGAUUUAGCAACAGCUAAGUUUUCAUUUCAACAAUUGAAUCCUGGAAAAUGGAAGGACGCAUCUACUGAAAACUCACAUGAAACAAAUCUAAUCGUAUCAAACACACCAAAAGAAAAAGGUGAAAUAGCAGUGACUUGAAAUAGAAUAAGGAUUCAGAUCAACU